AUGGACAGCGGUUUGGAGUUUGUAACAGCUGGCGUUAGUGAUGGCAUGAAUGUGAGGUCUGAAGUUCCUCUAGGCAUCAAAUGUGACACCAAGUUUGCAUCAGACAGGCUUAAUUGCAAACUGUUACCAUGGAACGGAAUGGAGACAGUGGCUGGAGAAUGGAGUCUGGAGCGGGGAUCGAAAACUAUGGCUUCAGUUUUCUCAAUAAGUAAUCACCCAGGCCAGUUUGAGUCCGAUUCCCAGAGGCCUGUAUUGGGCAGUGACAUCACCCUCAGUUGUACCAUCUCCAGACUCUCAGAUACAGUCAGUCUUCACUGGAAACAGAGAGGCUCAUCUCAGCAGAACGGGAGGAAGAACACUGAUGAGAUCCAUCUGAAUAACACUGUCUAUCUGAUAGUCAGACAUGUUGGAGCAGGAAAUCAGAAUCUGUAUACAUGGGAAGUGCAGGAAAAUAACUCCAUUGUUCUCACUGGAAACACAAAUGUUGAUGUGGAUUGGGAUUUACAUGAGAAGAAAUACACACUUUAUCGGUCAAGCACAGAUCACAGUGAAAUUGACCUGAUUUGUGAAGCUCUUUCUAAGUUCAGUAAAACUGAAUGGACCUGGUCAUCACGUUAUUUUCAGAAUCAAGAGAAAGAAAUAGCUUCUGCUUACAAAUCUCAGCCCAUCGAUGUAAACAGGACCUAUUUUGGGAAUCGUCUGGUCCCCACAAAGACAAAUUUUAAUGGAAAGAAUUUCAGUGUGAGGAUUGUCCCUGUCCUGUUUGAUGAUGCUGGAGUUUACACAUGUCUUUUGGGAAAAUAUGAAAUAGUGACCAUUACGUUAAUCAUAGUUAAAGCUGAACCAUCUGAUGCAGUGAUUGAGGGAGACACCGUUACCCUGACCAGCUCUGUCUCUGAUGUCACUGAAUCAAAGAGACUUGUUUGGAUCAAUAGUGAUGGCAAAACUGUUGUAGAGAAAACAUUGAAGGAAGAGAAACAGGAACAGGGUUUGUUACAGCUGAUUAUUCAGACUGCCAACUGAGACAGAAGGAAUGGACAUGUGUUUUGUUUCAUCAAAACAUUCCACAGGUUUUAAUUCCACAUUAUCUGAAGGUUAACAAUAUCGAACAAUAGGAAUCCACCCAAGGCAACAGGAAAUAAAGAAACUGUCCAAUUACAGACCCUGAACUCUGAC